GCUCGGUGCCGGGGACUGAGAGAGGGCGGCGGUGACUGGCGGGCGAUGGCGCGCACGAAGCAGACGGCGCGUAAGUCGACGGGCGGGAAGGCGCCCCGCAAGCAGCUGGCCACCAAGGCGGCCCGCAAGAGCGCGCCGGCCACGGGCGGCGUGAAGAAGCCGCACCGCUACCGGCCCGGCACGGUGGCGCUGCGCGAGAUCCGCCGCUACCAGAAGUCGACGGAGCUGCUGAUCCGCAAGCUGCCCUUCCAGCGGCUGGUGCGCGAGAUCGCGCAGGACUUCAAGACCGACCUGCGCUUCCAGAGCUCGGCCGUGAUGGCGCUGCAGGAGGCGAGCGAGGCCUACCUGGUGGGGCUCUUCGAGGACACCAACCUGUGCGCCAUCCACGCCAAGCGCGUCACCAUCAUGCCCAAGGACAUCCAGCUCGCCCGCCGCAUCCGCGGGGAGCGCGCCUGAGGCUCCUGCCCAGCCCUUCCCCCCUCUUCUGCUCCGGCAGAGGAGGCUGCACUCAGACCCAAAGGCUCUUUUAAGAGCCACUCCAUCCUCAGAAAAGACUGUUAUUACUUACGUUUAGUGGGGACGUUACAUUAAAUCUAAAAUCUCUCUAAAUGCAUGAAAAACUGACUUCCUCAAUGGGGUUAAUUACAGUACAUGUUAUGGAUAAUAGCAGCUUGCAUACCAAAAGCUUUCCAAAAUCAGUUAUAAUCAGGCAUAAACUAGGUCUAGAUUGUGUGAUUUCUAGAAAAAAUGGAUGUGAUAUUAGAUGAUAGUAACUACUGUAUUAAUAUGGUAACCAGCAGAACCGUUACACUGUGUCAACAGCUUUUUAUUGUGUCUAGAGUGGCUCUUAAAAUGAAGAGCCUUUGGGUUUGGGGGUGGCAGGGCA